AUGGCCAAGGCGCGAAUCCAGAAGGAGGCUAAAAAUGCCAAAAGCCACCUGAAAGCCCGGAUGGAUUAUUUGCAACAGGCUGCGAGAUAUCUCCAGGACGUCCAUCUACAAGGCAGAGCUGUCGCGGGGACCAAUACAAUCAAUCCCCAAACGACAUUAGCCAACAAAGAAAAUCCAGCCCAAACAGCAACUUCAAACGCUGAUAUGAACAAAGAUAUGACCAUGAGUCAAGCUUCUGAUAGUCAAAAGGCGACAAAGAAGCCUUUGACCAAUAUCUCCCGAGUCUAUACCUCCCACAUGCGCGGCGUAUCUUUGAAGACACAGACCCGACUGUCAGUACCGGUGAAGAGAUCUUUUUGCAAGCGCUGUGAUACAACUCUCAUUCCAGAGGUCAACUGCGAGCAGGAGAUUCGGAAUGAUAGCCGUGGGCGCAAGAAGCCAUGGGCCAACGUGCUGGUGAUACGCUGUCUCGUCUGUAGCACCGAGAAGCGCUUUCCCCAGGCAGAAAAGCGUAGCAAGAAGCUAUCCGAGCGUCGAAAGGAGUUGACGCAGAAGGAAGAAUCGCAGCACCAGGACCAGGCUGUCACAGCGUGA